CGUUUUUUUCACAAAGAGAAAAUAUAACAUUACUAAAAUGUCUAUUCCAUUUGCUAAAUUACUAGAUGACUCUAGAAAUCAAUCAAAUGAUUGUGAUGGCUGGCGUGAUAUGUUAAUUGGUAAGGUCAUUCUUAAUGACGAUGAAGAAACUGCUCUUAACGCUGGAGAGUAUAUUCGUAAAAAAGACUUGCCUAAUCCUCAUCGAGUUUUACCUCCCAACUCCGUUAAGACUAUGGAUUUUAGACCAGAACGUUUAAAUAUUAGGGUAGAUCAUACUAUGAGAGUAACUGGUGUAAACUAUGGCUAAAUAGCUGCUAUAUAUGUAUACAUAUAUCCAUAUACACAUACAUGUAUAUAUAAUACAUAUACACGUGUGUAAUUUUUUUUUUGUUACUUCAAUCCUUGCAAUAUUAUUUAAAUAAAAUGUUCAAGUAAAAUAAUAAGAACUUUAUUCUCAUUUA